AUGACUGCAAAGCCGAGGACUGUCAAUUUGCAGUCCAUCAGCGUGAUGGUCAGAAUUUUUGCGCAGAGAAAGACACGCACUCACCAAAACCUCAGCACCAUCCAGAUGGUCCCCACCUCACCCAGCAGCAGCUGGAGCUCGUCCGAGGCUCAAAAAAUUCUCAUUUUUUCUGUCUACGAUGUCGAUCACUCAUCCUCCGUCCCUCCACAUGAUCUGUUCCAGUCUUGGACAACAGAUGAUGCUGCUGGCUGGGGUCGUGUCCUUCUCUUCUUACUCAGUUUAGGACAGCGGGGAGCAGCGCUCGGUGAGACACCCCUCCCUUCUGCACCCAGGUCCCUCAAUCCCUACUGCCUCCCACGAUCACACACACUGAGCCCCAUGUCGCACAAGCUGCCCUAUAUGGAUUUUGAACCCUUUAUGACCGAUCCCUCUAAGCAGACAAGAUACGCUGCCUAUCUCCGUGCAUGCAAAUCCUGGCUCAGGCGCAAUUCUACCCGCACAGAAGCCCGGGCAGACACCCGAGGAGUUCGCAAAAGAGAUAAGCAGUUAUGCAAACCAUGGCUUGGUGGUUUACGAGUGCCACUGUUCUGGAUUGAGGGCCUGCACACGCCUGCUGCACAACCAAAAGUCGGGGCGGACAGUAUGGAUGUGACGGAGGAGACACCGAGGGAGGAAGUCAAGGAAGAAGCUCCAAAGGCGCAUACUGCUCGACUGCGUAUGUAUGGUGCUGUGAUGUGCGAGGUGUGUACCUGGCAACCUGCACGUCUGCUGUGCAAGUGCUUUGAGGUCAAGGUCCCAGUUCUGGGGGUCCCUGUUGAUACAUCUGGGCUGACGAAACCUAUCUCUGAGACCUACCUCUCCGCAGAGUCUCCUGUCUACAUCCUCAAGAGGUACAAGAGCAUCCUCCUGGCCCUCGAUGGUAUCCUGGUGGACCUCACCAGGCAACCAUCCAUUUCACAUGGAGGGUUGUCUGUACUACCCUCCAAUAUCAAGCUUGAGGCUCCCAUAUCCUUCGUGAGGCUCCCAUAUCUCUCGUCAGCCCUCCAAUAUUGA